AACAUAUUUGAGAGGGCACGUUGCGUCUCUGGCGCUAAAAAGAUUUUACAAGGACAGGUCGAGGUCGUGUUUUGUACUUGUAGUAUCGUACACGAUGGUGGAGUACGCAAAGCUAAACGGAUGGGAUAUUGUCAUAGUCGUUGUAUAUUUUUUAUUUGUGUUAUUAGUCGGAAUAUGGGCAUCGUUUCAAUCCAGUCGAGCCACCUUAAAAGGCUAUUUCCUGGCAGGAAAGAGUAUCUUAUGGUGGCCAGUUGGAGCCUCGUUGUUUGCUAGUAACAUUGGAAGCGGGCAUUUCAUCGGCUUGGCAGGUACGGGGGCUGCAUCUGGCAUUGCUGUUGGUUCUUUCGAAUUCAAUGCAAUGUUUAUACUGUUGCUACUUGGCUGGAUUUUCCUGCCAGUGUAUAUAUCAUCAGGGAUUUACACAAUGCCUGAGUAUUUGAGGAAAAGAUUCGGCGGCCAACGAGUGAGGGUGUACCUUGCUUGUUUAGCACUCCUUCUCUCAGUACUAACUAAAGUAUCAGUCGAUAUGUAUGCUGGUGCACUGUUCAUCCAACAAGCAUUGGGGUGGAAUCUAUAUGUGGCCAUUGUUUCACUUCUAUUUAUUACCGCCAUCUAUACAAUUGCUGGUGGACUAGCGGCUGUGGUUUAUACAGAUGCGUUACAGACGUUUAUCAUGUUGGUGGGAUCAGCAACCCUUAUGGGAUUAAGCUUUGCAAAGGUGCCGUAUAAUGAACUUCAGGUAAAAUAUUUCCAGGCAAUUCCCAAUACGACGUUGGAUAACCCCAAUACUUCAUGUGGUUACCCACGGGAAGACGCAUUCCAUAUUUUCCGGGAUCCAUUGCAUUCAGAUCUGCCAUGGCCGGGAAUGAUCUUUGGGAUCACUAUCUCAUCCAUCUGGUACUGGUGCACUGAUCAGGUCAUUGUCCAACGUGCUCUUGCUGCUAAAAAUCUAAGCCACGCCAAAGGAGGUUGUGUCUUCGCCGGCUUCCUCAAGGUUUUACCGAUGUUUUUGAUUGUGUUCCCGGGUAUGAUCAGUCGCGUGCUCUUUCCAAACGAAGUAGCUUGUGCCACGCCAGAGACUUGUAUGGAUGCAUGCGAAAGCGAGAUCGGCUGCACCAACAUUGCUUUCCCUUUGCUUGUCUUGUAUGUCAUGCCAGUGGGUCUUAGGGGAUUGAUGAUUGCUGUUAUGUUGUCAGCAUUGAUGAGCUCACUGACGUCAAUCUUCAACAGCAGUAGUACGAUAUUUACCAUCGACAUAUGGCGUCGAAUCAGGCCUCGAGCCAGCGAUGCUGAACUUAUGAUCACUGGCAGAAUCUUCAUUUUAGUGAUGUGUGGAAUUAGUAUACUGUGGAUUCCCAUUAUUCAAGCAUCCCAGGGCGGCCGACUGUUUGAUUACAUUCAAUCUAUUACCAGUUACCUCUCACCGCCGAUUUGUGCUGUCUUUAUACUAGCAGUAGCCUGGAGGAGAAUCAACGAACAGGGAGCCUUCUGGGGCUUGAUGAGUGGACUUCUUGUUGGUCUCAUUCGCAUGAUUUUGGAUUUUGUCUACUCGGCACCAGGGUGUGACGAAGAAGACGACAGGCCAAAUAUUAUAGCCAAUGUCCAUUACCUAUAUUUUGGUAUACUGCUUUUUGGCAUCUCUGGAAUCGCUACUAUUGUAAUAAGUUUGAUGACGGAACCAAUUGACAAGAAAUACCUUGUUCGUCUCACGUGGUCGAGCCGAUUCGAUACAGCUGCAAGGGAAGAUAUCUCGGUUUCUGACCACGAAAUGGUAGAGCCCAAUAAAGAGAAAAUGCUCAGCAAACAUGAUGAAGACGACGAAGAUGUUUCAUGCGCUCGCAAGAUCCUCGAUUGGUUCUGUGGUACUGGUAAACCUCAACAAGUUGGAGACGAAACUGAAGAAGAUGUAACUAAAGAUGUCAGUAUCCAUGAGGGAAGACGCGACCAGAUUAUCCUCAAUAUCGGCGCCUUCCUUCUCAUGUUGACAAGUGUGUUCAUGUGGUCCUAUUACGCCUAAUUUCAGAAACGACUAGCAUUCUAUUUGGUCAUUUCAUUUUCUUGUACAGACAUUUCAAAUAUAUACAUUUUGUCACCAUUUGUUUUAGUAAGUUACAUAUUAAAAUAUCGUUUGUGAAUGCCAUCAUAGAUGCUAGUACAGGGCUUUUAAAGUCACCUUUCUAAGAAGCUAAAAAGAAAAACGAUAACAUAAAAUGGCAAAAACCUAAAAUAAAGUAACUUUAUUUCACAAUUCCAUGUUACAAACACAGUCUUCAAUGUAACUUUAUUUCACAAUUCCAUGUUACAAACACAGUACAAAUUGCAUUUUUUCUUUUGUGAAAAUGGGUAUUUACAGAAACAAAGCGCUUUAAUCGUAAAGCCCUUACAGAGAAUAAUUAAGAGUAAUCCGAAAUAAAUAAAAGAGAAGCAAAAAAAAACCAAAAUGCAAUAAAAGAAUAAACAAGCAAUAUCAAUAAAAACCUAUGUUUCAUUAAGGAGUAACGACUGAUGUAUGGUUUAAGAUAAAUAUUUCAAAAAUGAAAAAUAACAUUUUGCCCUAAGGCAAUUACGUAUACCAAACAUGGUGCGACCCAAGCUCAAUCAAGCAUUAACACUUGGUGUAACUCUCAACUAACUUAUCGUGAAGCUUUUGUUUAAAUUCCCCUAUACUGCUUUGUGUUUUGAUAGCCUUGGGUAGGUCGUUCCAUACUUUCGGACCUCUGUAGGUAAUGCUCUGUUUACCUAGUUUAGUUCUCUUAAGUGCAGUACAUAAAUUGUCUUUGGUCCUUGUAUCAUAACUACGUUUAGAGGAAUUAGUGCUAAAGAAUGAGUCAAAAGUAUUAGGUACCUUCCCUCGAUAUAAUUUCAACAUAAAUAAUGCAACAUGUUUCUGAUAAAGAUCAAAAACAUUUAAUGUUUGGGUACGAGCAAAUAAUGGCAAAGAAGGGUGUUGUUAAUGUGCGUGUUUUAUUUUGUUCAUUGUACCUAGCACUUUUGAAACAUUCUUAGCUACUGUAUUAACAUGAUGUGAAAAUGAGAGAUAGUGUCUUCAAAAUACACUCAGAGAAACUUUAUUAGUUUAACCCGUUUUGUAGCGUUAUUAUUAAUAAAUAAUAAGGUUUGAUGUGUCAAUUAAAACAUUUCUGUUUCUAAAUAUCACAUAAUUUGUGGUUAGCUUAUUUGCUUUGAACCAUGUUCAUUUAAACUUUUGAACACUCUUUCGAUAUUUUUGUGUUCAAGAAAAACGUUUCUGUCGUCUGCAUACAUAAUAACAUCGGUUUUUCUUGCAGGCAAUCGUGAUAUCAUUUUUAUAAAUAAGAAAUAGCAAAUGAAAAAGCAAAUACUUAAUUCCUUGUACAUUCACAAAUUGUUUUCUGCCUGAUAGGUAACCUGAAAACCAAUCACAAAAUUUGGUGAGAUAUUUGAAAAUACUGUACUCCAAUGAUUUAUUUUCGAUUGCAGAGAUACAGGUUUUCACUUCCUAAGACCUUCAUUUCUGAAGAAAAAGAAAAAUCCAUUUUCUUUUCGACUUCCGUAAUUGUGUCGCUUUUGAAUGUACAGUAAUAAAUUUUUCGUGUUCCGUCUGUUUUAAUUCAGUGUUGACAAUUAUUUUGAGCAGAGUCUUUUGAUUCCCAAUAAUCGAGUCUAGCUUAACCCUGACGAAGGUUUGGAAUGUUUGAAUUUCCCGCCUCAGUAAACCACAGUGAAUAAAAAAGGAUUGCCAAUAAAUCUUGCAAAUUGGAUCCUAGACAAGAAGGUACAUUAAAUGCAAUACGUAAUAAACAUUACAAUA